CAACCAAUCACGAGUCAGAGUUAUGGGUCGCAUGAACACUUGCUAAAUGCUCUAACAUCAACAACACCAAAAAAGAUUUGAUACAAUCAAAAGGAAAGUGAAAUGGGAAGCUUUGGAAUGGAAAGUGAAAAACUUGAGAUGUUUGAAGUUGGACCAUGCAAAGAUUCUUACGAAAUGGGUUUCUUAAUAGGCCAAAGAUUUUCCCAACGCAUAAGAAACAGAGUGGAUGCAGAUACCAUACUUCAAAAUCAGCUUAGACCUUUUGCUCAAACCCCUCAAUCAGAAUCACUUCUCAAAGCACUUUUUGAUAAUAAUCAAAGCAAAUUCCCAUUGUAUUGGGAUGAACUGCUUGGAACUGCAGCUGGAAGUGGUGUGCCUCUUCUUGAUAUUUUACUUAUUAAUUUCAAGAAGGAGAUUCUUGCAUUUGUUCCAAAAGAAGGAGUGAAAAGUAAUUUAGAAGAUGAUUCAUCAAAUGAAUGUUCUGAUGUUCUUGUUGUUGGUGAAUCUAUGGCCAUUGCAGCACAUAAUGAGGAUGCAAAUGUUAAUCUUGUUGGUCACACUUACUUAAUCAAAGGAAUAUUGCCAAAUGGGUUGUUCUUCGUUGGUUAUACAUAUGCUGGGGAGCUUCCAAGUUCUGCAUUUGCAUUUAAUAGCAAUGGAUUGGCAUUCACUCUGAACUCAGUACCACCUGCUGAAGAUGAAAUUGUUGCUGGUGGAAUUGGGCGCAACUUCAUUUCUCGUGGCAUUCUUGAAGCAACAGGCAUUGACGAGGCUAUAAAUAAGAUUCGUUCAUCAGAAGUUUCAACGGGGCAUUCUUAUAAUCUGAUUGAAAUAAGUACCCGUAGGAUUGUUAAUGUUGAAACUGCUUCGAAGAAGCGAAUUUCAAUUCACCAAGUUGGAGGAACACCUUUCUUCCAUGCAAACAUGUAUCGUCACCUACAUAUUAAUCAGGCACAAGAUGAAAGUUCAAUCAGCAGGCUGAAAAGGGCAAAUGUGAUGAGAAAAACAACAAAAGACGAUUUUCUGUCAAUUCUAGGUGAUGCAGAUGACAAAAAAAAUCCCAUCUACAUGACAGGUCCAUCGCUUCAUACGCUAUGUACUGCUGUUAUCGAUUUGGACGAACAAACAUUAUCAAUUAUUGAAGGCAAUCCGAAAAAAGGAGAUGUUUCAAUUGUUUUCCCUCUUUCCCCAAAGAAGUUGAUCAAUGGCCAUCAUGAUAAUCACUUAUAGCAGACUAAUGUGAUUAGAAGUUUCAAAUUUUAAUUCAAUGAAAGGAAUCAUUGUCUUUCCCUGUAACUCUGACUUUGACAGGGAAUUGGACUUUCUAAGUA